AGAAGAGAUCAUCGCAUGCUGAGAAGAAAAUUGAGGACACAACAGAAGAUGCUACAUAAGAAGAAACGGAUUAUUUACAACCAACGUCAAGAAAUCAACAGACUGCGACGUGGGAACAAAUGGGAAGAUGCGACAAAGGAUAUGUCAACCAUCCAGAAGAUUUUCCUCGAAAUGUUGACUACAAAUUUGAAAUGUGCUCCACAGGAUAACAGAUUACACAAUAAAAGGGCCAAUAAUUCCAUUGCAGAGGAAAGGCAAAAAGCACAUAUUUUUCUUAAUCCUGCCGAACAUUCAUUCAAAGAAUACGUAAGUACAUAUGUGGUGUGAUAUUUCAUGGAUUUCUGUCUGAAUAUAAUCUUUAUCCUCCUGCAUUAUUGCUAUUAUAAUAAUUUUUACAACUUUCUAUUUCAUAUUUUUCUAUUUCAAACAAUCUUUUGCAAUUAACUUCUUGAAUACUAUUUCUUUUUAUUAUAUAUACCCUAAUAGCAUGUUUAACUACGUGAGCUUCCAUAUCGUAAUUUGUUUAAACGAAUAAUUAUUGCUGGAAUACCACAAUGUAGACAGCAAAAUAUAAAAAAUAUGAAUUUGUACGUUUUGAUUUGCGAUGAUUAUUGCAAUUGCGUAAAAUAUUGUUCAUCUUUACAUUUUAUUUCACAACAGAAAUACAGAUAAUUAUUAUGUCAAUAAUGAAUUAUAUAGACAUGUUAUAAUGCUUAUUGCAUGACAAUAUUGAUUGAAAAGAAGACAGUGUUAUAUACAA